CACGACAUGUUAAAUAUUUAUCACUUUUUAAAGAUCCUUGACCAUCAGUCGAAGCGAGCAGAAAGUUUUCCAAAAUAAUUGUCUUGAAAAAUUCCCCUUGAACCAAACCAAUCUUACACGAAGAACGUUAUUUUUUGGCUGAUUCAACCUUAUUUGCAAGUUCGCGUCACGUUUUCACACUUUGUCAUGAUUAUGCGACAAAAUUGGAAUUCCACGCCAUUUGUGAGCUGAGGUGUUGUUUAAUAAAUAAAUAGGUACCGCGAGAAACAACUGGUAGCUUUUUACUUUGUGAAACAAACGAUCAGCGCUGUCCUGUUGGAGAAAGCUCAGUACGGACACUUCCAGGUAUCUUUGAUCGUCGAAAAUGAAGCCUCGAAUUUUGAUAGUCGCGGUUGUUUUAGCUGUGGCACUUGGAGUAGAGAGCUCUGUUGUUCAAACGAAGCUGGCUGAGUUGAGGGCAAAGAGGAGUCCAUGUGGUGCAAGCUGUGCUCCCUCCUGCGCUCCUCUGUGUCAGCCAUCAUGUUGUGCUCCCCCUCCUCCACCACCACCCCCACCAAUGCCUGGUCCUCCUGGCACUCCCGGAUGCAUGGGACCUCCCGGUACUCCGGGAUGUCGCGGAACACCCGGUUUUAUGGGACCCAUGGGACCUAUGGGACCAAUGGGACCUCCUGGAGCCCCGGGACUCCCAGGAAUGGCCGCACCUCCUCAGCAGUGUCCUCCUGUUUGCCUGCGCUGGACGACAACUAUCCAACCAGGUGGAGGAAUGCCACAAGUGUCUCCAAUUCAGACCAUGCCGUGUCCUGCUCAAUGUCAGCAAGCUGGUUGCUGCUCUCCACCUCCUCCUCCGCCAGUAGUUAUGCCUGCUCCACCACCGGUGAUGCCUCCUCCACCUCCGGUUCAGCCACCACCACCUUGUCCUGACACAUGUCCCAAAGCUUGUUAUCCAGCCUGCACACCAAAGUGCUGCAAUCCGCAACCUCUCCCACCGCUUCCACCUCCAAUGCCCCCAAUGCCUCCCAUGCCACCUAUGAAUCCAUGCCAACCGUCCUGUGCUCCUACCUGUUGUCAAGGGCCACCUCCACCGAUGAUGAUGCAACCUCCUCCAAUGAUGCAACCUCCUCCAAUGAUGAUGCCACCUCCUAAUCCAAUGAUGAUGAUGCCUCCUCCACAGCAAAUGUGUCCAGCACCAUGUGCUCGAUCAUGCGCACCAUCUUGUAAACCUGAAUGUUGCGACAAGAAGAAGCGUGAUGCUGAAAGUUAGAUGGGCGAACCAGUAACGCAACCCAUGAUAUGAUAAGACGUUUACACCACUAUGGUGCCACAUUCUGCGGGGCGGUCAUCCAGGGGAGAGUGAGAAGCUCAGUCUUCGUUUCCUUUUUCCUGCUGUAAAUAUAAUGGAAAACCGUUUGUUUAUGACACGAAAGAAGCUCAUUUUGAGCGAGAUGAUGCCUACUUACCAUAUCAUUUCAAUUGAAUCAAACAGAACAACAAGGUUGUACUAUUCGGGCAAUUAAUAAAAUUAGCGUUUGAGUUACCCU